ACCCUGUCCGGUUCCGGUGGCUUAUAUCCUUCGCACGGCUCCUCACUCGAUCAUUCCAUCCGAGGACUCCGGUGUGAGCGGACGUGGCGUGUGGCGUCCCUCAGCCCCUCUUGCUUUACACAUUGCAAGCUUUUACACCAUGGCGCUGUUUUAGACCGGGAAUCUCUUCUCCGCGUUACCAUGUGGUGCAAGGAAACAAUUUUGACAUGGUUACCUGAAGUUUCCGACAUGUCCAUCCUCUGAGGAAAAUCAUUUGAUCCGUGAAUCAUGAACCCAACAAUGGCAGAUAAUGAGGAUAACAAGUCUUUUCUAUGUGGCGGUAGUGGGGGAUUUUCAAGGAAAGAUCAGUCUAGCAGCUACAAAAAUUUGGACAUGAUUUUAAGCUUUGGUUCAAAAUCAGACUCAUUUCUCUCUGAUCAAACUCUAACACCUCAGACAAGACUUCUCCAGAAAUGUGAAGAAGUGGGUCUCUUUCAAGAUUUGCAAAAUAUGAAUCCAUUUGAAGAGACUUUUCGCAAAGCAGCAGAAGAUAUUCGCUCUGGGACAGAUCCUUUAGAAAUGUCAAGCUUGUCAGUCCCCAACACUGCGGAUGAUUCUCUUCACACACCUCAUGUGAUAUUUCCUCUAGCAAAUGAAUGCAUUAAAAGAAAGGGGGGUAUUUCUCCCAGAGAGGAUAUCUCAAUCCCUUUAAUGCAGAGUGAUGGUAAAGAGCCUUUAUGCAUACCUAUAGACAGUGUGAGUGCUGAAAAACCCAUUCUCCAGCAGGAAGCAGACACAUCAGAGGAGGCUCAAAUAUCAGAUGCACAUGUUUCUGGUUGUGAAGAUGAAUCAGAGCAUGGUACUAUACAAUUUCUGUUGAGAAUGCCAAAUGGCAAAAUGGUCCAAUUAUCAUCACUUCCUGUUGAACAAAUGGACACUGCUAAUCAAAGCUCAAAAGAAAAAGACAUUCCAAUAAUUAAGGUUGAUUCAUCAUUUCUUAAAACAGUUGACAAUAGGACUCAAUCAAGUUUCAGUAAAGUCUGCUCAGCUUCCAGCAGUCCUGCAAGUAGCAGCACGAACAAUAGAAUUGAAACUAAUGCAAUGGAAAAUGUGGAACCAAGCAGCUCUGCUAAGUUGAAGUCAAAUCUUAGGUCACCAAAAGAGGAACACCUCUCAAAAAUGUCUUUGGCUAAACUGAAGUUAAAACAGGCAUUAAUGAAUAAUAGCUGCCCUGCAGCAAAUUUAUCAUCUUCAGGCAUUUCGUCUACCAUUACCUCCCAAAUUGUGCCAAGCUUCAUGGAGAAUCAAACAAUUGAGUCAAGGAGAUCUUCUAGCCCAUCAGAAGAAAGUGGAAUGUCCAAUGAGCAAGGGCGUGAUUUAUCUUCUGUGGAAGAAAAAAGGAAAAGAAAUAGGGCAGCUGCAAUGCGCUGUCGGGAAAAGCGCAAGACCUGGGUGAAGGAACUGGAGCGCAGAGCGAAUGAUAUGCUUAGAACAAAUGCCCAGCUACAACAUGAAGUUUCAAUGCUUCGAGACGAGGUGGCUCAGCUGAAAACUUUGUUGCUUGCUCAUCGUGAUUGUCCUGUCACUCAAGCUCUUGUGCAGGGAAAAGCUACUUUACCAAUAGGUUCUACUGUUUUGAAUUCUGCAACAGAUUCACCAAUAGGUAGCAUAAAACGAUCCUUAAACAAAGACCUGAAAUCCCCACCUUCCACGAUUGUAUAUCAAACAUCAAGUCAUGCAAAUCCAGUGAAACCUGUUAUUCUCCUUAAUGAUCCACCCGUGAAAAGAAAACGCCUGAACUCAUCAAAUGUUAAUGCUAGCACAGCUGGAUCAUCUGCAACAGCUGUAUCUGUUGUGACAUCUACAUCAUCAUCAGUACAUACUUUGGUUCUUCCCUCGAGUAACUCAACUGUAUUGAAUCCUAGUUUUGUCAAUGUCAUACCAAGUGUCUUGGUUGCUAAUCCGACAGCCACAGCAGGUUCAGUUCGUGGUCCUACACAGGUUAUUUAUUCUCAAAUACUGCCACGCUUACCUACUCUCACUCAUAAACCAGCCAUCAGUAAUAUGACCCCAAAACAGGCUUACAUUCUUCCCAAAGCAAAAACUGGACCUGUUGCAGGAAAAACUACUUCCUUAAAAUAUGCUAAAUCGGAUGGUAAGGUGUGUAUCACACAACUUUUAUCAACAAAUGUAAUUAAAGUUAAUCCAAAUGUUGUUGAACGUGAUACUAAUGAUAGUGACAUUGAGAUCCUUGAUGACAAAUAAGAUGGAUCUUAGCUCAAAAGAAUAAGGCUGAAAUAAGUAAAGUUUAGAGCAUGUGACGUUAUUGUAAAUUUGUUUUUCUUUUUCAAAUUUUAGUCUUGUUACAUUUUACUUUCAAUAAUUUUUAUAAAAAUAGAAUUAUUUUUCAAAUUCUAUUCUGUUUUGAUUUUACAAAGAAUUUUAACGCCUUUAGAUUUUAUGUGGUUGCUUUAUUGUUAGCUAAAAGUUUGAAGUAUGGCUUUUCAAUCAACUUUUGAAGAAGAGGCGAUAUACAAAUGUUUGAGCUGUACAUAAAUUUCUUCGAUGUCAGUUACCGACAAAUUGUCUAAAUUCUUUUCACCAAUCAACAGACAGUGAAUGUGCCAAAAUGUUUAAAUCUGUAUAGCAGACACAGACAAAAAAUUAUCUUUUGAUCUGAGAUGUUUCAGUAAUUUACCAUUAUUUUGUCUCCCCAUUGCUUAGUUGUUGCUUUGUUAUUUUGCCACAAUAGAUUUGAAUUCAAAAUAAUUUAAAUAGAUCGACAUAAUCCACUUUGUUACAUAUUUUAUAAGAUUUUUGGUCAAGAUUGUACCUGUGUUUUGUUGUUGUGAUAUGGGACUAUUAUGUCUCAAUGAAUUAGAGACAAGUUACAUUAAAUUUAAGAGUACUGUGUACUCAUGACAAUAUGAAGGUUGGGAUAUAGGAGUAUCACCAAAGUAAUUCUUAAAAGCACCGUUGCUGUGGAUGUGGUCUUUGUAUGUAAUGUCAAUGAUCUUUAAUUCCAUCCCAGAGAAACCAGAUCAGUGUGACAUGGUUGUUUAUGAGGAUAAAAAAUGCUCAUCAAGUGUCCUCCAUUGCCUUUUAUUCCAAGAUUCCUUAUCUUGUUGAUUGUGUUAUUUAUGUAAUUACUUAAAUUCCGUCAAACGAGUAACACCUAACUGCUUCAGUUGUGUGGUAGUUUAAAUGUGCUUAUAAAAUCAGUGAUAGGUAUACCCAUGGCAGGGUUUACCCAAAUUAUGUUGUCGUUAUCUUGCAGGGAGAAUUACUCGUAUAUUUACAAGUUGACAUAAAGUAGAAGAAAAAAACAUGGUAAAGUUGUCUUUUA